AUGCGGCAGAUUCUCACAGUUUUAUUCGCUGUUUGGAGCGCUGUCACAGCUCAAUACAUCAAUGCCAGCGAUACCGUUUCUACCUCUAAUGUCCGGAAGACACUCUACAACACUUUCGUCAAUACGGUCUUCGACAAGGUCCUUUUAUUUGUCGCCAAGUCUAAGGCCAUCGACCCGGUGACCUUGCCGAACAUCAGAUACGCCUUCGAGACCAAGAUCAUCGUGAAGAUCUCCGCAAAGGCCAGUCUCUACCGCGGCAUCCUGGAGGGCUUGUCGAGCCUGACCAGAACGGGCAACUGCCGUUUCGAGGUCGGGGAACUCGGCAUCAACAUCAAGGCGGACGUGGGCGCGGGGCCCCUCAACUCCAGCUUCGUGCGACUCGCACGCGCCAUGGGCUACGGCCAGGCGUUCACGGUGGACGCCAACAUUCGAUACCUUCGGAUACGCCUCGGAUUUGUUGAGACUCCCGAAAGCCAGUUGGAACUCAGCGAGUUCAAGGUCCAGCAACUGAGGGGAGUGACCGUUGCCGUCCACGGCUUGGGGCUCUUGAACAGAGUCUUCAACAAGGUGUCGACCGAGUUCACCAACCUGUCUGAAGUGCAGAUCAGGAACGCCAUUGAGAGGAACAUUCGUGACGCCCUGGCCGAACAGAUCGGAAACCUCAACGAAGUUUCCUUCUUUUAGAUCGCCACUUGUCAUGCUACCGUGGCCUUUGGA